AUGCCGAGCAACAGCCGACCGCACAACAUGCCAGGCAUGGUCUUAAAUGAGCUCGCGAAGCAGCAAUGGCCCAUGAAGUUGGGCUUCAAGCACAAAUGUGGCAGCCCUGUCGUGAAUGGUGACCCCUUGCAGCACGAUGGACCACACAAGACCGACGCACAACCAGCAGUGGAAGUCUGGCAUGUCCAGUCCAACAUUGAGCAAGACCCACCCGAGGCUAUCGACACCAGUCGAUUUGACAGGCCAAGGCGAACCUACAACGUCGUCAGUGUACACGUUUUCACUCAAACGGCGUUUGAGAUCCAGCUACAUGGCCGACCCGUCCUUUGCGCCGUCAUUCAACGUCGCUGUUUCUCGAAAGACUGCGUCAGUCUGCACCAAGGUUCCGAAAAAGGACCUAUCGUCGCAUCCUGUAUGCUAGGCAAGUGGAAACGGGACCUUGCUUACCACGUUGGUAUUCCCGGCGGCUCGGAUAAGGACUCAUGGCCCGUUGCAAAAUGCGAUACCUGGACCGAAAAGGCCUGGAACUUCACGGUGGGCGGCCGGCCGUACAGCUGGAGGCGCACCCAUAAUAGGGAGCUCGGCGCAAGCAGGUGGUCCAUUGGGGAUUUUAAGCUCGUCGACAUCCUCGAUAGCAAGAAAGUGCUUGCCGUUCACCUGCGCAAUAUGAAGAUCUUUGGUGGUUGGAAGGAUGUUGCGAAGAUAGACUUGUUUACGGAGCUAGACGAGGAGUUAACGCUGACCAGUCUCGUGAUUAUCAUGACCAUUGAGGAGCGCAUCGCGCAGCAGUCGAGGAGCUGUACGGUGAGCGGGAUGCUUAAUACCGCUGUGGACCUUGGGACGGCGGGUGGUGCCUAA